AGUAAUUUUGUUUUCCAGAUUUAUUCAGUUGGUGAAGAUGAGAAGUCAGCCUCCAAUUUAGAAAUUCUUGUGCCGCGUGACUUGGCAGAAGGAUUUGUUAAUAAUAAACGAGAGAGCUACAGGUUUAAAUUUCAGAAAAUUUUUGAUCAAGAGGCAAAGCAAGAGGCAGUUUUUGAAAGCAUUGCCAAACCAGUUGCAGAAUGUGCUCUAGCAGGAUAUAAUGGCACUAUCUUUGCAUAUGGACAGACGGGCAGUGGCAAGACUUUUACCAUCACUGGGGGAGCAGAACGUUAUAGUGAUCGAGGCAUCAUUCCCAGGACUCUGUCUUACAUUUUUCAGCAGUUGGAGAAGGACAGCAGCAACGUUUAUACAACCCAUGUUUCCUACUUGGAAAUCUACAAUGAAUGUGGUUAUGAUCUGUUGGACCCAAGACAUGAAGCCUCCAGAUUGGAAGAUUUGCCAAAAGUAACAAUAAUGGAAGAUCCUGAUCAGAACAUUCAUCUGAAAAACCUGUCUCUUCUGCAAGCAAGCAAUGAAGAGGAAGCACUGAACCUUCUUUUUUUGGGAGACACUAAUAGGAUGAUUGCAGAGGUCGUUUUCAAUCAAUAUGAUCGAAAGACCUACAAAACACUCCUGGCUCAUAGUAGAUCUUAAGUAAUUCUUUAAUAGUUUUAAUUUUUCCAUAGUGCCUGUUAGACUGAGAUUACAUUCUUCAAGUUUUCUUUUUUUCUCUAAUUUCUGGCUUCCCAACAAAUAUUUUCUACCUGCUAGUUAUUUUAUAAUUUGGGGUUGUCGGCGAAUUUACACUUAUAAAAUUGUUAUUUAUCUGUAAAAAACGGAGUGAGUGACAUGGCGCAUGCACCACGGCCACAGCCGACAGUUUGUAGCAUGUGUGCAAAUCAGUUUCAAUCUGUCACCCGUUGUGUAUUCACAUUACUUCAUUACACGUUUCACAUAUCAAUCUUAAAUUGUUCAUUAUUAAAAAAACUAGCCAAUAGCCCAUCAUAAGACGGGAUUUUUGG